AUGACCGUCUCACCGCAAUUACUAACCAGUACCCCCUUGGCUGGGAAGACCGCCAUCGUUACCGGUGCUGGCGGCGGUAUUGGCAAAGCCAUCGCCGUGCUGUUUGCUGCCGCGGGAGCCAGCGUCGUCGUCGCUGAGAUCAACGAGGCGGCGGGCAAGCAAGCAGCGGCUGAGAUUCAGGCCGCUGGGGGUCAGGCUCUGUUUGUGGCUACGGAUGUCUCCAAAUCCCAGAGCGUGCAAGCCAUGGUUCAGGCGGCUGUCACGCGAUUCGGUAGACUUGAUAUCGCCGUCAACAAUGCCGCGAUGCAGUGCGAUACAAAGCCUAUCUCUGAGCUAGACGAGGACUACUGGAACCGACUCAUCUCGGUCAAUUUCACGGGUGUCGCCCUGUGUCUGAAGUGGGAGCUCCAGGCUAUGAUCGCGCAAGGCUCCGGCGGCUCAAUCAUCAACAUGGCCUCAGCCACAAUCCGCAAGCCGGGGCCCAUGAUGCCCGCGUAUACGGCAGCCAAGCAUGGAGUCUUAGGUUUGACUCGGUCUGCGGCCAUGGAGAACGGAGCACAUAAGAUCCGGGUCAAUGCCCUGAGUCCCGGGGGCACAAUGACGGAAUUGACGGCCACGGGGCUCCAGAAGCUGGGACUCACUGAGGCUGAUAUGGCAUCUCGCAUUGGUGUCCUUGGUCGAUUUGCACAGCCAGAUGAGAUUGCCCAGGCGGCCCUAUGGUUAGCUCUUGACGCGUCCUCUUAUAUCACGGGUGCCUUUGUUCCGGUAGAUGCAGGGUAUGACCUAGUUUAA